UGUCUACUCACCAGCCUCUAUGAUGUGAACUCCAUCUUCCUCCCCACUCCCAUCCGCUAUUGCUUUACCCCCCCGCCGGUUCUCUUAUUUCUUAAUUACCAUAUGUAGUAAAAUAUAUAGAUCAUUAACAUUAAUCUUCAUCCACGGAAAAGAUGUCCAGAGAAAGAGGAAAGGACAUAGCUGAAGGAUCCAUUGAGAAUCAACAACCAGCAACGCCUAGUCGUUAUGAGUCGCAGAAGAGAAGGGACUGGAACACUUUUGGGCAGUACUUGAAGAACCAGAGGCCUCCAGUUCCACUUUCUCAGUGCAAUAGCAACCAUGUCCUAGAUUUCCUUCGAUAUCUUGACCAGUUUGGCAAGACUAAGGUUCAUCUACAAAGUUGCAUGUUUUAUGGGCAGCCUGAGCCCCCAGCUCCUUGUACUUGCCCUCUUAGACAAGCUUGGGGCAGCCUUGAUGCUCUUAUUGGGAGGCUUCGAGCAGCCUACGAGGAGAACGGAGGCACGCUAGAGACAAACCCUUUUGCUAAUGCUUCUAUUCGGGUUUACCUUAGAGAAGUAAAGGACUAUCAAGCUAAGGCAAGGGGGAUCCCACACAAGAAGAAAAGGAAGAAGCAGAUUUCAAGCAAAGGAAAUGAUGAAUCAAGCUCUGAGAUGCAGUUUCCUUAAAAUCCCAAUUGGCUUUCCAGCAUCUGUGCACGUAUGCUACUUAGAAAUUGUAGCGUAUCCUUUGCAGCAUCGUCUUCAAGAAGGCAACUAGCUAGCUAGUAGAAAGGGAUUGUUAAAGAACAGAAUUUCUAGAGCUCAUUAGAUCUUCUGGAAUCUCGGGGUACUGAAUCUCCUAAUCAGUUGUUAUUUGAAAUUUGUGUUCUUAAAAAUUCCGAUUUGCUUUAUAAUCCUAAGUGUGCGCC